AUGCCGGCCGCGACGAUCGCGUGGCACGAGGGCGAGCUCGCCGUGCACGAGCUCCUCAAGAUCCCGACGCGGCAGAACCCGACCCGGGCGGGCCUGCCCUCCUCCUUCGGGCAGCGCGUCGCCGUCGCGCCGCUGCUGGCGCUCGGCGCGCUCGACGAGCGGGGCCGGCCGUGGACGACGCUCUGGGGCGGGGAGGCCGGGGCCGUGGCGCGGCCUAUCGCGGAGGACGUGCUGGGCGUGCGGAGCAAGGUCGAUGUCGUCGAUGAUCCGGUCAUCAGGGCGCUCUGGGGGGGUCAGGAGAGGGAGAUCAGGGAGGGCGAGGUGCUGCAGCCUGGGGUCGCGGGGGAGGGGAAGGUUGUUUCUGGGCUUGCUAUCGAUUUGAGGACGAGGGAUCGGGUUAAGUUUGGGGGGAGGAUGAUUGCGGGGGCUGUUACGAAGGUGGAUGGGGACGGAGGGGGGGAGCUGCAGAUUGCGGUCAAGGUCGAGGAGAGUCUUGGGAAUUGUCCGAAGUAUCUCAAUAAGAAGGACGUUAGGGGGAGGGAGGCGGUGGUUAAGGGGCGUGUGGAGCGCGGGUUGCCGUUGUCUGGGGAUGCCGUCGCGGUGAUUCGGCAGGCGGACAUGAUCUUCCUGUCCAGCGGGAACGGAGAGAGCAUGGAUACGAAUCACCGUGGAGGAUCGAAGGGGUUCGUGAGGGUUGCGAGGAAUGACGACGGUGGUCUGGAAAUUAUAUACCCCGAAUUCUCUGGGAACAGGUUAUACCAGACGCUGGGGAACUUGAAAGUCAACCCUCGGGUAGGCGUCGCGAUUCCGGACUUUGAAACGUCGAAUGUCCUCUAUAUCACGGGAACGGCAUCCAUCCUGUUCGGCGACGACGCGGCAGCACACCUUCCACGCACCAAGCUCGCCGUCAAAAUCACCGCCUCCUCCGCCGUCUUCGUCCAGUCCGGCCUUCCCUUCACCGGCACCCCGCGGGAGCCGUCACCCUACAACCCGCCCGUCCGCCCCCUGCACACCGAGCAGCAAAUCCCAGGGGCGGCCCUAUCCUCGACAACAACAGAAACGACGGCGACACUGCUCGCCCGCGACAUCAUCACGCCCACCGUCGCGCGCUUCACCUUCGGCCUGGAGCCCCCGGGACGGUGGGAGCCCGGGCAGUACGUCACGCUCGACUUCGCGGAGGAGCUGGACGUCGGGUGGAGCCACAUGCGGGACGACGAGCCGCAGGCGCUGAACGACGACUACGUGCGGACGUUUACGGUGUCGAACAGACCCGGGGGAGGGGGCCAGAGGGUGGAGAUCACGGCGCGGAGGAAGGGGCCCGUCACGGGGCUGCUGUGGAGGUGGAACCCGCGGGCGCCGUUGACGGUGCCGGUGUUGGGCUUCGGCGGCGAGGAGGCGUUCAGGAUGGGCAGGUCUGGGGGGGAAGAGGUUUUCGUUGCGGCGGGGGUCGGGAUCACGCCGGUUAUGGCGCAGGCUGAGGGGGUGUUGGAGGCCGGGGGCAGGUUGAGGGUGUUGUGGAGCGUGAAGGGGGAGGAUUUGAAGUUUGCGAAGCAUGUUCUUGAUACUGUUCGGGGGCUGGCUCAGGUCACGACGGUGUUUGUGACUGGACGGGUUGAAGAGGAGGACAUCUUGAUUGACGAGAUUCGGGAUCUCGGGGCUUCGAUUGAGAGGAGAAGGAUGGUUGAGAGUGAUGUGAAAGGACCUGGAGCUGGGAAGAGCAAGUAUUUUCUGUGUACUGGGCCGACGAUGUUGAAAAUGUUGAAUGAGUGGUUGGAAGGGGAGGAGGUUGCUUUCGAGGACUUUGCGUACUAG